AUGUUCCAAUCUUCGCUUUUACUGCUGUUCGCACCGUUCACCAUCUACACACUCUCUCAAGCAGCAAUAUGUACCCCUGCCCCUGGCCUUCUACCUACCGUUAGCGACUGUACAGAUCUGCUAGAGGCGAUCAGCUGGCUGUCUCGCAUGCCAGGCGAGAACAAUAUGAAGGCUUGGGGCCGCAGGCUUCCCACAACCCUUGACACACAGAAGGUACCGAAGGUCUACUGGAUCUCUGGGCGUGGUCCAACCACUUGUGCCGUUCAUGUGGACGUGGACUCAUACGAUCUAUGGGCCGUCGAUGACUUCAGACUGGCGGAUGUAGCGUCAGCUGGGGAAGAGGUGGUUGCUCAGUGCUUGUCUGCGAAGAGUAAGGUUGGUUUGGCAUAUCCAGCUGGAGCGGACGGACUUGUGCAUGCUAAGGUGGUGAGAACGGACUCGCCGUUUGGACUGGAAUCUUUUAACCAAUCCGAUGUGCAGAGGUUUGCGCUACCAGGUACAGUGGAGGCACUACAGGCUGCAACAGUCGACCCAGCUAUGUUGAUAUUGCUCGGCUUUCACCCUCUAUCAAAUGUCACAGCAAAUAUGCUGCGGGUGGAUUAG